AUGCCUCCAGUCAGAACCGAAAAGACAACCUCGCAUGCAGAUGCUCCUGCUCCUGUUGCUGAGACGCCCAUGAGGAGACUCUUGAAGCCCGUCACAAGAGGUAUCAAAGAUGCUGAGUUCCGCAGCAGCGAGUAUGAUUGGGAUAAUAACUAUCAUCGCCUCAUUGGAACUACCACUAAGACUGUAUCUUUUGGCUCUCAAUUUGUCUUGACUGAUGAGCAUAUCGAAGAGAUUGCGUUGCUCACGCGUCGAGUCCGUGAAAAGAUCACACAUUUCUCUUUCAAAUACACGGACGUCAGCUACGAUGCAAAGAACGACGCGAAACAGGUCACCAACCACGGCAUCAUCCUCCUAUCUAAAAGUCUUCCCAACUUGAAGGUCCUUGAACUGCCAGGCACGAAGCUCAUCACCGAUGACGGCCUCAUCGGUUUGUUCCAGAACUGUUCUCAGAUGAAGAACCUUGAAGUAAGCGGCAGUAGCUAUGGCGGUGGCCCUAUUGAAGGGAAUGCUCUUGACGAACUGCGUGCACAUCCAGAGUGGGUUCCCGGUCUAAAGUCCCUGAAACUCGUGGAUAACGAGUCGAACAAGGUUUUCAUGACGGCCAUGAAGGAGAUGAGCAGGGCGAGGCCAGCGCUGGCAAUAUCCUUGGUCUCUAGAUCCGAGGAGAAGAACUAUGGUGAUUGGGACUUGGAAGUAAGUUCGAAGCAUUUUAAGAAUGGACGCAAAUCGUCUGCGAAGCCAAGGGGCGACAGAUUCAUGUCUCAAGAUUUCGGCCUGUAUGGUGGUGGUGGUCGAUAUGGGUCGUUCUACGGACGAUAUUGA